AUGUGCACCCGAGGGCUCUCGAUGUUGGACGAGCUCGAGCCCACGUUUUGCACUCCAAAAUGGGCAUUUAGAGAGAGAGAGAGAGAGAGAGAGAGAGAGAGAGAGAGAGAGAGAGAGAGAGAGAGAGAGAGAGAGAGAGAACGAGAGAGAGAUAACGGGAGAGAGAACGAAAGAGAGAACGAGAGAGAGAGAGAGAGAGAGAACGAGGAAGCAGAGAGAGCACAUGCAGGGGGGAAGAGAGAAACACGAGGUGGUGCAGAAACUAAGAGGAACGAAGAAUCGAUGCAACUACGAACAAAAGAUUGUUGCACCAAAGAAUUUCGCUACUUUAGACCAUUCUAG